AUGGCCAACGAGCAGAGCGGGAGCCUCCUGCGAAGGUGGAGGCCAUUCUACAGCGCUUUCGGCGCCAUCGACGACGCGAUCGAGGAGGCAGGCGGCUACCCGCGCGCCGCGUUCCGGGACGUGAGGGUCCGGAUCCUCCAGCUGCUCCGCGGCGCCACUGACGACGGCGUGGCCGAGCAGCUCUGCGGCGCGCUGGACGAGGCCAUGGCGGAAGCGCUAGAGACUCUGCGGGUGGCGCCCGUCCCGCACAGCGCGCUGGCGUCCACUGACCUCGAAAGGACCGUCGGCGCCCUCGAGAAGCACGGCUCGGCCCGGAUCCGCAGGCUCGCGGGCGACGUCGUGCGCGGGUGGAGGGCGGCCAACGUCACCACAACUACAGCAGUCAAGGAAGAGCUCGACAAGCUCUCUGCUGAUGAUCGGAUCCCAGGCCAGAGCAUCUCCGCAGUGAUAGCUGAUGGCAAUGCGCGUCGACACAAGAAGUUGCACAUACAGCCUGCGAAGAUGCUUCCCGCCGCCGAGGUACACAAGAAGAAGCUACAGAUACCGCCGGCGAAGAUGCUUCCUACCGUCCCCGUCGCCGAGGCAUACAAGAAGAAGGCGUAUGUUCCCCCGGCGAAGAUGCUGCCGACCACAGCUACUGUCUCGAUACCGAACACGAGCGAGACCAAUAAGCCAGCCGUCGACGAGAGCAAGAAGAUGGAGGCUAGAAAACGCAAGUUGCGUGAGGGUUAUCAAGGGGCCGAGAAGAUCAAGCGUCAACACACCAUUCAGAAGAUCAACGACAAGGAGGCAGCAAAGAUGUUUGAGCAAAAGCAACGGAAGAUGCAUCCCGUCGUACGAGGGAGAGGCCCAGCAUCAUGUAGGACCUCCUCAGGCGUCAGGCGUCAGGCGUUCGUUGCUUCCCUCUCUUCAGAUGAUUUAGGGUCUGGUCUAGUUCUUUGA